UCGGCCGGGAGGGAUCCCGGGGCAGACUGCACGGAGAGAAAAUAAAAGGAAGCUUAACCACUGCCAGAUUCUGUUGUGUGUUCUUCCUGCCGGCCGGGAGCGACACCGACAUCUGGUGGCCCGUACGGGGAACUGAUCAACCCCGGGACGCGGCAGUGGACGACGUUCUCCGAUACAGUGCUGCAGGACAGGGACCGGGACGGGAACCAUUGUGGGUCCCGGAAAGACUGACGCGUGCGACAAGCUCUUCGACUGAAGACCAAUCCUGCCCUGCCGGAGACCAGCAGUAGACCUGAUAACCAGAUGAGCCCAAAAGGAGCUGCCCUUUUCGUUGGGGGCGCUAUCAUAGCCCUCCUCAGGAUAAGUAUGGUACAUGCGGGGCUGGGGGGCCCCGCUUCUGGAACAGACCUACGCACAAGCCUUCUUGGCAAUCCGUGCGACUGCAGAGGUGGCGUGGUAAGCAGUAUACCAUCUGGUGGCAUCUAUAAAAGAGCAGGGAUCGAUUGUGGGGAUAAAACAGCUUACUCAGUUGCAUACAUCUCUACUGCAGGAGGAUUUGGUCAAUCAUCCUAUCAGUGCAUACUCAAGCCUAGGGUGACUCCCUUAGGGCCCGGCAAUCUCGCCACAUGUCCUUGCACUAAGUUCGAAGAAUCCAUGCAUGCCACGUGCUAUACAAAGACAGAGCAAUGCAAAAUCAACAAUACAACCUAUUGGAUGGCAACACUAACUGCAACCAGAAGCCCUGUUGCCCCUGACCAUAUUCCCGCUGCUGUAGGCGCUUCCCCAUUCAUGCAGUCAGGUUGUAACGGAGAAGUUGGAAAAACGGUCUGUUGGUCUAUGGCCGCCCCCGUUCACAUCUCUGACGGUGGAGGGGUCCAAGACCAAUACCGGCAGGCACUUAUGCCACUGAGCAAUUAAAUCCGUUCCCUGAAGUCAAUUACCAUCCACUCCUACGCCCUAAAUCCCGAGGCAUUAACCUUGAUCCCGCUACUGAAUCCGUCUUGGAAGCCACCCAUAGAGCACUCAAUUUUACAGACCCAACCCUGGCUUCUGAUUGUUGGCUGUGUAUGAUGAUGGGAGAAUCAUGGCCACUGGCCAUGCCGUUUAGACACAAUGAAAGUGAACCUUACGAUUAUAGCGCACCCUAUAACUGCUCACAUGGGCCUCCAUUUCGGGUCCAAUUUAUGGGACAGUUUAAUGCAUCCUGUUUCCAAAAAUACCCACAAAAUAAUAGUUAUGAUAUUGUUGUUGGAGCGCUGGCAGCCGCCUCGUGUGAGUCCAUAACCAAUGUAAGUAAUAGCUCGCCGCUAUGUGCCCCCUUUGGCAAAGUAUUUGCUUGCGGCAAUGGUCAUGCUUAUACCUACCUGCCCAGUAAUUGGACCGGCCUAUGUGGCUUAGCUUAUUUGUUGCCUGACAUAGGUAUUGUCCCUGGAGACCAACCCAUGCCCAUCCCAGCUGUGGACACCUUUAUAAGAAGAGCCAAGAGAGAUGUAGUGAUUUUACCUCUCUUGGCUGGUCUGGGGAUAACUGGAGCCCUGGCCGCCGGGACCGCGGGCCUAGGAGUUUCAUUAACCAAAUAUACUCAGUUAUCCAAGCAAUUGAUAGAAGAUAUGUCUAUCGUUGAGAGGACCCUCCAGGAGAUACAAGACCAAAUUGAUUCUCUUGCGGAGGUCGUUCUGCAGAACAGAAGGGGCCUAGAUCUACUCACUGUAGAAAGGGGAGGUAUCUGUAUUGCCUUACAGGAAAGAUGCUGCUUUUAUGCCAACAAGUCCGGAAUCGUUCGAGACCGAUUAAAGAAACUGCAAGAAGACCUAGAAAAGAGAAGAAAAGAACUACAAGACAAUCCCUUUUGGGGAGCCUGGAAUGGCUUGCUCCCCUAUGUUUUACCAUUGUUAGGUCCCCUGUGCUCCUUGCUGCUGCUUUUGCUUGUAGGGCCAUUCUUGCUCCGAUGGGUUACAUCAUUUAUUAAUGGGCGCCUUGCGGCGGCCCGACGUCAAGUACGCCUGGUUGCCCAUGCGGCCCUGGCAGCAGCCCGUGAUGGGCACAAUGACCCCCAGGCUUACGCAUGGCUCGCUCGACUGGCCUAUGACCGGGUCUAGAUGUGGCGGGUCUCCCGCAUUCCUUCCCUGAUGACACCAAACAGCAGGGUAGGUGAGUCAAUGACAGGUAAGAGCGUGCCUCCCCAGCACAACUCGACCUAAGCCAGGCCCUACCCCAUACUGCACGAAAGCCGCUGGAUUACUAGAAUCUGCCCAGAUCUAGAUGUCUCUCCGAGGGGAUCACACGGAGUGGCAUGAGUGCAUGCCUAUGUGCAUCCAGGUUCCGUCCGGUUCACUCCUGGCCCUGGAAAAAGGACGAGGGUCUCAGGGCCUUGGCGGACCCGGUGGGCCUCAACACAGGGCAUAAGCCUCUGCACUCAAUCCAGGGCGGGCUGCGAUGCACACAUUCAUUCAAAAUAAAGUAGGGGGAGAUGUUGGGAGCCGCAGCAGCGCUAGAUCACCAUGCGCGGCGGUCAUGUGGCCUGUAGGAAAGAGCGAAGCCUGAGCUAAAUUACCCCUCCCAUCGAGUGAGCCAAGAUUGCGCCUACUUCCUGCUUUCUGGUUGUUCCGGCUACAUAAACAGCCCGCUCAGCAGAACAGUCUACCUAGCAACAACUGAUGCUAGCCAAUCAGCUUGCAGUGCCCGCCUUGAUUUGAUUGGAUGCUGUAAUUACCUAUAAGCUGCUGCCUCUCCCGUUUGGAGGAGGAAGCACGGAAGGAGCCGCGGGCAGCGGACCGGUAGAGGCUUCGGCCGGGAGGGAUCCCGGGGCAGACUGCACGGAGAGAAAAUAAAAGGAAGCUUAACCACUGCCA